AUGGAGCAAGAGCCCAUAAUACACGCCUAUAUCGAUAAAUUAAUAGACAAAAUCAAUGGACGUGUUGAAGAGGAGAACUCGCAAGGUGCGAAAACUUCAACAACACUUGAUGUUGUUGAAUGGAUCAACUACGUUGCAUUUGCCAUUAUCGGCGAUCUCACCUGGGGGUCGUCGUUUGGAUGUCUCGAUGGUCUCACCUAUCACCUAUGGAUACAGACCGUGGGCCAGUUCAAAACAGCCAUAGUCGUUGGUGCCACCAAGCUUUGUCUGCUUAUCUACUCCUUCUUGAUGGCAAUUACUCCGUCAUCUGCUCUGAAGGAUGUGAUGGAAAUGUGGAAAGCCACGGACCAAAAAGUUCGCCAACGAUGUCAGCCCACCGGAUUUCGUAUCCAUCAUUCUGACAGCUGGCAAGGGUUCUAUAAUGUCUAUGAGCUAGGAGGAGAUGGAGGUCAAUGCCAUGAUGAUUGUUGCUACAGAUAA